GCUCUUCCUGCCUGGGAAGGGCUUCCCAGGAGUGUGAGGGAUUUACUAAUCCCCACCUUUCAUUCUGCAUCCCUUGCAGUGUUCCACCGAAGGCCAUGUACAGUGGCAAGCUGCAGACAGGUUUGCUGGUGGCCAGCUAUUUUGUCUAUCUGCUGGUGGGUGCAGCUGUGUUCCAGGCAUUGGAAAGGACUGCUGAAAAGCAGGAGAAAAUAGCAGCUGCCCAGAUGAAGGAGGCUUUUCUCCAGAAUUUCACCCACCUCACAGUGGCAGAGAUGGAGCAGUUUAUGAAGAACCUGACUGAAGCCAUUCAGAAUGGAGUAUACCCUGUUGGAAAUGAAUCACAGAUUGAAGACAGCAACUGGGAUUUCAGUAACUCCUUCUUCUUUGCAGGCACAGUUGUCUCCACAAUAGGAUAUGGCACAUUACAUCCUAAAACUACUGGGGGGCAGAUCUUCUGUGUCUUUUUUGCUCUGUUUGGAAUCCCUCUGAAUAUUGUUUUUCUCCACCAUGUUGGUAAGAUGCUCUCACUACUGUGUAAAAAGCUGGGGAACUACCUGUAUGAGAAGGGAAUGAGACAGAAGAAGAUCAAAUUUCUGACCCUUUUGUUCUUCCUGUCUACGGGGAUCCUAGUUUUUCUGUGCUUGCCAUCACUCUUCUUCCAGAUAAUGGAGGGCUGGUCCUACAGUGAAGGAAUUUACUUUGCAUUUAUCACCCUCAGCACCAUCGGCUUUGGAGAUUAUGUAGUAGGUAAACAGCCUGGCAGGCAUUACUUUUCAUACUAUCGCUCAGUGGUGGCCAUUUGGAUUCUUUUUGGCCUUGCCUGGAUUGCUCUCCUGUUUAAUUUAUUGACAACAGUACUAGAAGAUACUGAAAAAAUAAUUGUUAAAGAUCUCCAUCAAAUUGGAAAGAUGAGUAAGGACAAUGAAGCAAGUCAACAAAGAAGAUGCUGGCCUUCUCAAUUUAUUCCAGAGGAAGAACUACCACCGCCAUGUGCUGGAGGGGAUGCACAGGAAAUGGAGUCAUUAGCAGCAGAUUCUGAACAGACAAAAACUGAAAAAAAUGUUUUUUCUUGUAGCAAAACUGCUGCCAUAACAUUGAACUCUUCAUUGGAGAGUUGCUAGUGAAUUAUUCUAAAGAAAUUCCCAUAGAAAUAAAAUUUCUCCUACCUGAGAUAUGCUGAGAUAUGACCUUUCAGAACUCAAGACUCACAAGCUGCACAAAGCCAAAUACUAAUGGUAAGACAUUUGCUCC